AUGCACCUCCUCACCCCACGAUGCCAGCUGCUGAUCCAGGCGGCGGCAAUAGGGUUCGCCCCCCUCGCCGCCGCCCUAGGACAGAAGCAGGUAAUUAGCUUCACUAGCAGUCCAGGGGCUUUUCAGCUAGCCGGCGGAGCGGUCUCCCAGCCGCAGAUUCUCGUUUCUGACAAUGAGUACUGGGGCGUCGUCCGCGCCGCGGGGGAUCUCGCUAAGGACUUCGGACGGGUGACCGGGACCAACCUCACCCUGAGCAAUGGCCAAGAGGGGGCUAAACCAGCCGCGUACGAAUACAGGCCGAUAACCCAAAACUACACACAUUAUGAGGUUAACGAACCGCAACACUUUGAUGGCCCCGAGUACGCCGAUCCAUCGCUUGAAAACACUGUGAUAAUUGUCGGCACGCUGGGACAUUCCACGGUAAUCGAUGACCUCGUUAAGGCAGGAAAGUUGAACGUUUCCGAAGUUGAGGGGAAGUGGGAAUCUUUCGCUACCAAAGUCGUCGAGGAGCCGAUAGUUGGAUGCGCAAAGGCCCUGGUUAUCGCGGGCAGCGAUCCCCGUGGGACCAUCUUCGGUAUUUACGACAUCAGCGAGCAGAUCGGCGUCAGCCCAUGGUACUGGUGGGCGGACGUGCCAGCGAAGCAGUCGAAAGAAAUCUACGCCCUCCCGGACGGAAAGGUGCAAGGUCCCCCCUCGGUCAAGUAUCGCGGCUUUUUCAUCAACGAUGAGCAGCCUGGGUUGUCAGGGUGGGUCCAGUGGAAUUACCCGGACACGCCGUACGGGGACGGCUACGGCGCCAACUUCUACUCGAACGUUUUCGAGCUGCUGCUUCGACUACGGGCCAACUACCUGUGGCCGGCCCUGUGGGGGACCAUGUUCGAGAUCGACGAUCCUGCGAACCAGCCACUCGCCGACGCGUGGGAGGUCGUACUGGGCAGCUCACACACCGAGCCGAUGAUGCGCGCUCAGAAUGAGUUCGGUAACUUCUACAUAAAUAAAGGCCUCGGCCCAUGGGCGUACAAUCUGAACAAUAAGACGAUCGACGAGUAUUUCGUUUAUGGCGCGCAGAGGGCUAAGCCUUACGCCCGCAACAGCCUAUGGACCAUGGGCAUGAGAGGAACUGGAGAUACCGCAAUCGAGGGCCUAGGUGUCGAGGUUAUCGUCGAAAUGCUAGAGACGCUUGUUAGUAACCAGAGAGCCAUUAUCGAGGAUGUCCUAGAGGCCGACAUCACCGACGUCCCUCAGCUGUGGUGUCUGUACAAAGAAGUCAUGUCAUAUAUCCUCCAGGGUCUAACAAUCCCCGAGGAUAUCACCCUCCUAUGGGCCGAUGACAACUGGGGCAACGUGCGACGGGUGCCUAUCGGAAACGAGACGGCCCGGUCUGGAGGCGCGGGCGUCUACUAUCACUUCGAUUACGUCGGCGACACUAGGAAUUAUAAGUGGAUAAACACGAUCCAGCUGGAGAAGACGGCGGAGCAGAUGCAGCUCGCAUAUGCCCACGGCGCCGAUCGAAUAUGGAUUGUCAACGUCGGCGAUCUGAAGCCCCUCGAGAUUCCGCUAACCCACUUCUUGGACAUGGCGUACGAUAUUAACCGAUGGGGGGUAGACAACGUUACUGAUUGGACUCUCGCUUGGGCUGCUCGCGAGUUCGGAUCAGAGCACGCCGCAGACAUAACGGACAUCAUGACGCGGUUCGGCACGUACGCUGGGAGGAGGAAAUUCGAGCUGGUCGAGCCGUACGUCUACUCGGUCGUAAACUACAACGAGGGCGACGCGAUACUUGCGCAAUGGCAAGCCCUAGUCGGCGACGCCCAGGUGGUCUACGACCGAUUAGACGAAGCUUACCGGCCGGCGUUCUUCGAGAUGGUGUUGCACCCCGUCCUCGGCGGCCAGAUCAUCCACCAGGUCCACAUCGGCGCCGGAAAGAACAUGGUCUACGCGAACCAGCACCGCAAUGCGGCCAACGACCUCAUCGCCGAGGUCCUGGAAAGGUUCAACGCCGACGCGAACCUCACAGCUAGAUGGGAUAGCCUAUUAGACGGGAAAUGGAAGCACAUGCUAGACCAAACACACUUUGGAUACGACGGCUACUGGCAGCAGCCGAUGCGGAACGUACUCCCGGCCAUGGCCUACGUCCAGACUGCGGUGUCGUCCAUUGCAGGCAACGUAGGUAUCGCCAUCGAGGGGCUCAACGCCAGCAUUCCCGGCGACAACAAGUACCACGCCAACUCGGGGCGGAAUCUGGUGCUGCCGCCGCUCGACCGCUACGGCCCCGCCACGCGCUGGCUCGACGUCUACUCUCGCGGCACCCUGGACUGCGAGUGGCGCGCCGAGGCGGACCUGCCCUGGGUGAAGCUGCGGCCGCAGGCGGGGACGGUCGGCCCGACGAACGGCACGGAUUCGCGGGUGCUGGUGUCGAUCGACUGGGCGAGCGCGCCGGCGGGCGGCGGCGACACGCUGGCCAACAUCAGCUUCUCGACGGGGUGCGGCCGGGACGGCUUCUCGCGCUGGUACGGCGCGCCGGUGGUGCAGCUGCCGGUCAGCCUGUGCGCGGUGCCGGCCAACUUCACGCGCGGGUUCGUCGAGUCGGACGGGCACGUCGCCAUCGAAGGCCCGCACUACCAGCGCGUGCACACGCCGCCGGGCGCCGCCGCCGCCGUCUCCUACCGCACGCUGCGCAACUACGGCCGCACGCUCGGCGGCGUCACGCUCUGGCCGCAGUCGGCGCCGCCGCAGACCCCGGCUACCGCGCCGGCGCUCGAGUACGACGUGUACCUGUUCACAAACGCGUCGCGCGCCAACGUGACGCUGUAUCUGUCGCCGACGCAGAACUACCUGUCGGACGGGACGCCGCUCGAGUUCGCGGUGUCGCUGGAGCCGGCGGACGCCGUGGGCGGCUCGCCGCCGCAGGUGGUCCAGUUCGUGGGCGAGAGCGUGGGCCAGGGGAUGCCGCCGGGGUGGGGGCGGGCGGUGGCGGACGCGGUGUGGGGGCUGGCGCCGGCGCACAGGACGACGACGACGUGGCGCGUGGCGGGCGAGGGCGCGCACCGGCUGCGCGUGUGGGGGCUGGCGCCGAGCGUGGUGGUGCAGAAGAUCGUGGUCGACCUCGGCGGCGUCCGCGAGAGCUACCUCGGCCCGCCCGAGAGCUUCCUUGUCGGCCGCGAUGAGGUCGGCGGCUACGACGGGACGAGCUUCGCGACGGGGCCCGGUGUGGUCGGGCAGUUGACGGGGAGUAGAGAGGGGAGGUGA